AUGUCGUUAUUUAAGAAGAAGGCGCCUAAAUAUGCACCGCCUCCAGUGCCACAGCCUCCCGUGGAGGACACUCAUACGCAGUCAAAUGGAGUGGAUAACAACAAUGGACAGAAAUCGCAGUUAGUGUUUCACUGUCAACAAGCACACGGAAGUCCCUUGGGUCUCAUCUCUGGAUUUUCCAAUGUAAAGGAGCUGUACCAAAAAAUUGCUGAAUGUUACGACUUUCCGCCGGAUGAUAUUCUAUUUUGCACGCUGAAUACUCACAAGGUGGAUAUGAAGAAACUUUUAGGUGGUCAAAUAGGAUUAGAAGAUUUUAUAUUUGCACAUAGAAAAGGUAGACCUAAAGAAAUUGAAAUAGUAAAGACUGAAGAUGCAUUGGGAUUGACGAUCACUGACAAUGGUGCUGGAUACGCUUUCAUCAAAAGAAUAAAGGAGGGUUCCAUAGUAGCUGGAAUACCACAUAUUGAUGUUGGAGACCACAUUGAGAAACUCGAAGGAGAGAAUAUGGUUGGGAAGAGACAUUAUGAGGUCGCCAAGAUAUUAAAAGAUAUUCCAAAAGGGUCAACAUUCACGAUUAGAUUAGUAGAGCCCCUUAAAAGUGGAUUUGGCAGUAUUGGUCCAAAGACGAGUGGAGCGAAAUCCAGUAAAAAGACAAAUUAUGGUUCAGGGAAAGAAACACUUCGGUUCAAAGCGAAUGGACAAGCUACUAUUGAAAAUGACCACGAUGAUAUAUCUAAAGCAGGAAUUGAGAAGAUCAACAGUUUACUAGAAUCUUUCAUGGGCAUCAACGACACAGACCUUGCGACACAAAUGUGGGACCUUGCCGAAGGAAAAACUAACUCUAUGCAACUAGCAAAUGCCAUAGAUGACAGCGAUCUGCAAGUGUUCGGCUUUACAGAUGAGUUUAUUAUAGAAUUAUGGGGAGUUAUUACUGAUGCUAGAUCUGGUAGACUGAGUUAG